AUGACGUCACAGGCGUUUUCUUUUGGGUGCAGCGAACUGGUGGCAAACGUCCUGUCGAGGUUCUACGUGGAUCGUUUCGACCGGCGACUGAGCAUGUCGAUCAACUUCACGGUUUCGGCAGUGAUGACGGUCCUGAUGCCGGUCAACAGCGCGAUGGCGUGGCUCCUGGUGACGUCCUUCUUCGCCAGAGGGGCGUCGUACGUGUCCUCUUGCAUGGCGUGGGUAGUGACGCCUGAGCUUUACCCAACCCAGAUUAGGUCGACGGGGCACGCCUUGAGCAAUGCCCUUGGGCUGUGCGGGGCUAUCGGGGCGUCGUAUUGGGUGGCGACGCCCUUCUCCAACGAAGUUAUCGCGAUCGGACUGUGCGUCGUCGGCAUCAUCGGUGGGAUCACCGCUCAGGCGAGGAAAAGGCUUUUCCUGUGCUGCCUACAUACCUCGGAACUUCGAACCCCAUUUCACAUAACAAACCAUGCUGUCAUGAAGUACAUGGGCAAGAAAACGCUUCGGACUUGGAACUGCUUUCACACCACGCCAUGCUGUCAUGCGCUGCCAAGCGGCCACCGCCCGGAGUUCGAUGACGACGGAGGUGUCUCGGAUGAUGACGAAUCGAGGCCAUUGUUGCAAAACCCGGUGGAUAUUCAGCGAGGGGAGUUAUAG